AAAGCUUUUUCAGGGACAUAUUUGGUACUGGCGCAGUAGCUAGCUACUAUAGAUGUUCAAGGGGAGGCGUCUACCGCUAUGCAAUAUUUAUAUUGUUGUUUAGAGAGGUUGUUGGGAGGUGCACCGGGGGUUUCAUUAACCUCAGUUUCUUACUGGACCUGGAAUAUGAUUGGGAUCCUUUUGAGAUGUGAUUAACUUUAUUUUUUCGUACUAGUUGCAUGCUAAAAAAACUUGAUAGCAUUUGCUAACCGGCUAGCAAAAUGUGUUUGACAGCUAGGGAACAUUGCCUAACCAGCUAGCUACAAGGUUAUCUAUAGCUAGCCACCAAUGACGAGAAUUGGAUUUGUUUGACAACUUGGUAAUAGCUCAUGUUAACUUCAAACAAUUUUAAAAGUAUCUGAAUUCUAAGAAACGUAACGUUGAAUAGUGUUGGUUGUAAAACUAGCUAGCCAUUUGCCAGAUUGAGUAUGCAUUGGGCUGGCAGCUAACGUUAGCUUGCUUGCUGACAGCAACUUGAAUUUGCAGCGUUGUUGCACAAUGUUAGCUACAGAUUACAGAAUGUGCAAUCAGGAAAAUGACCCAUGUUACACUUAUUUUAUAUAUAUUUUUUUUUUGCAGUAGUCUAAAAUAGCUGUUCUCAAACCUCACCUCGGGGACCACUAGACGUGUCAAAAUUGUGUUGUACUGAAGUAACGUUAGCACACCAGAUUUACUUAAGUUAAUUAAGGGCUUGAUUAAUUGGCAAGUUUAAUCAGGUGUACUAGCUUUGGAAAUGCAUGGAACUGCGGGAGGUCCCAGAGGAGAGGUUUGAGAAUCACUGCUGCAGGGAAGAGUGAGGACAACCUAUUUAUUUGUACUGCACUCAUGUCAAAAUAGGCUUWRUUUUUUUUAUUGACAUAAGUUAACCAUUGAGCCUUGUUUAGUGGAGCAAAGGAAAUUAUUAUUUUGUCUCAUCUCUAUUUUCAAGAAUGUUCAGGAGUCCACAAAUUCUGGCCUUGACAUGCCCUGUCAGACCCCUGCUGCUGCUGUCUGUCAGAGACCCCCACGUGCCUGCCCUACCUGAACACGCCUGUCAUAGGUGGAAUGGACCCAAAGCAGGGAGAAGUCUCUGUCAGGGGGAUGGAGGGAAUGGUGGAGGGGAGGAGGCAGUGCCCCUCUCUUCAGCCAUCUCUUCACACCUUGUUAGCAGAAGCACCUCCGGUUGUGAAAGCUGUCUCCUAAACACCGCACCUCAACACCCCUUACAAAAAGCCACCCCUCCCAACCGACCUCAAUUGUCUCAGGACUCUAGCUUUGUCUCUUUGAAACAUACACCACGACUGCUGGUGAUAGUAGCAUGUGACCCUUGGAAAACCACUUCAUUGGAACAUUUGGACAAUUCCAAAGCCAUCGAAUGUUCUAGCGACCGUAAGUGCCUUCUACAAAGGAGGCAAACUGGCAAUGGUAGCCAAUGUUUGUCUGCUGAGGUGAAGGUCAACAUCACAUUCAGUGUUAAAAGUGGCAAGAUUCACAAGGACAUUUUUCACAGACUGCUUGUGUCCACACCCAAACAGUGGACUGUGGAUCCCCAGCGACUCCUUUCACUCCAGAGCCACGGCCUGCWCCAGUCUGCUGCCUCCGGCCCUGAGGGUGCCCUGAGGGAGUGCCUUUCGCUGGUGAACGAGGCGCGCUGCCGGCAGAGCCUGGAGCCUAAUGUGGCUCUCUAUGAGAAAGACGUCCGGGGGGAAAGGGGGCCCAGUGAGGCCCAGGGGAAGUGGGCGUCUGUGCUGGUCUCUCUUUGCUCUGUGGAGGGAGAGCCUGCCUUCCUGUUCACCCUCAGAUCCACAGCACUGAAGGGCAGACACAAGGGCGACGUCAGUUUUGCAGGAGGCAAGCGUGACCCCUCGGACAAGGACGUUGUGGACACCGCCCUGAGAGAAGCUUGUGAGGAACUGGGCAUCACUGUGGCAACAAACCAAGUGUGGGGCGUGCUGAAACCAAUCCGGGAUAUGUCGGGAAUGAUGAUAGCCCCUGUACUGGCCAACCUCGGCCCCCUGGAGGCGCUGUCGUUCAAGCCAAAUCCUGCCGAGGUAGAAGAGAUUUUCACCCUGUCGCUCUCCCAUGUAUGCAGUCCCCAGAAUCAGGGAUACACCCACUUCCGUACCGGUGAGCGCUACGGAUACACCCUGCCCGUGUUCCGCAACGGGAAGCACCGCGUGUGGGGCCUCACUGCCGUGGCCCUCGAACGCACGCUCAAACUCAUCGCGCCGCCAUGACAACCAAUCAUUGCAGCCAUCACUACUGUUUUUUUGUAAAGUAUAGUGUAUGUGUGAUUACGGAAUAAUUUGAUUAUUUGUUUCAUAUGUGAAAUUGAUCAUUGUGGCUUAUGUAUCAAUUGAGGACUUCUUAUAAUCAGUGUAUCCCAUAUACUGUAAGCAUACAUGUCAGAAGUGAUAUAUUGAAUAAAUGAGAUAUCAGGUAGGGUCAUGUAAGGAACAAUCAACUUCCAUGUCAAAGUCACUUUGGAUUGUAAUGUCACUAUAUUUUGUCAUACUGACAUAAAAAUCUGAGGUUCUCCUUGGAAAGGUKAAAUCUUUACAGUUCAUUCAUUCACUAACCUUAUGAAGGUAAGGCACCAUGUUUUGGUCAGAAAAUGCAAUAAAAAUGUUUUACGAUUCUA